AUGUUCUUAGUAAUACAGAUUAACGUUGGUAAAGGACGUGAAGCAACAGCACUACUGCGGAAGACCGCCGAAGAGCGGGGCGCCGCAGUGGUAUGUGUGCAGGAGACAUGGAUAAGAGAACCAAAGUGGGAGGGAUGGGUCAGACACGAUGGAGGAGAGGGGACAAAGAUAAGGACAUGGGUUCGUAACAAUGUUGAAAGCUUGGCCCUCAUGAAUGCAAGAAGCAUGAAUGGGAUAGGAAUAGUUGUAGGGAAUGAGAGAAAAAGUAUGAGAAUCAUGAACGUGUAUGAUGAGCCAGGUGGAAGAAGAAAUAUCAGAAUGGAGGGAAUUUGGAUGAUCUUCGAUGAAUGGGAAGGACGAAAGAUACUAGUUGGGGACGUGAACGCAAAGAAUACUGCAUGGAGUGGAAACAUAACGGACGACAGAGGAGAGGAUCUGUUGGAUUGGUCCCGCCACAGCAAUAGAGGCGAGAGUUUGGUCGACCUGACCGUUAGUGGAAACGUGCAGGUGGAUGAUUGGAAGGUCAGUACGGAUGAGACACUAAGUGAUCACAGAAUGAUUGAGUUCACCGUGAUGGAGUUGCCGAAGAUGAGAAGAGUGACUGUAACGAACGUAAGAAGGGCCAACUGGGCUAGAGCAAAUGCUCGCCAACUAUCGCCCAGGAAGGUUAGAUACAAAAGAAGAGAUUGA